AGAAGUGGGCUGGGAGAGUAAAGUCACUUCAUUUUUUGGUUUUGCAUUUGCUUUGGUGAGAUGUCAGCACACUGUGUGUAGUCGGUCCUCAGUAAGGAUGCUUUCUUUAACAAUAUUCUUAUGGCUGAUGUCCAUCUGUGGUGACUUAAAUGCCCAGUUUCCAUCUCAUAAUUGGCGCUGGUGGGAGCCGCAUGUACGCUAUGAUUAUCGGCGCAUUUCUCUAGAGGAGCCAGACUUUGACCUGCUACCAAAGUUCAGUGUGGUGGCUCCUGUUCAGCUGAGAGUGGGGAGUAAAGAGAACAUCCUGGUGGAGGCGGUCAGUCUGUCUGAGGCUGUCACCGUCUCAUUCACACUGUAUGAUUUUCCAGCCAAAUCUAUCCUGCUGUGGCAGGGCACUGUCACCCUCAAUGCGGCUAACAGCUACAGCGCCAUUAAAAGUGUAGAGAUUGAUCCGAGCCUCCUGCGCCCUGAAGAGAAAUUGGAGAAGUCUGUCCACCUGGUCACCAAGUUCGGGAGCUUCUAUCGAAGCGAGCAGAAUAUUAAAGUGUCUUUCCUCUCCGGCUACAUCUUCAUCCAGACCGACAAACCCAUCUACAACCCAGGAGACACAGUGCGAUACCGAGCUUUUGUUUCUGAUGUGGAAUUCAAGGCAUUCAACGGCACCAUCUCAGUAGAAAUUCAGAAUCCUGAUGACAUUACAGUCCAUGCUUCAGGCCGGACUAGAGCACAGGACGGCAUCUUCUCUAACACUUAUGGACUCUCUGACUUGGUCAAGGAGGGGAAGUGGAAGAUUACUGCGAAGUUUGACCACUGGAAGGAGAACACAUUCAGCACUGAAUUUGAGGUUAAAAAAUAUGUGCUCCCAGCAUUCAAUGUUACUCUCACACCAGUGAAACAUCACUUGGAUAUGGAAGACAAAGAGUUAGUGGUGAAGGUGUCUGCAAGGUAUUUGUAUGGAGAGUCAGUGGAAGGGGUUGCGUAUGUAGUGUUUGGAGUGGAGAAGAAUGGAGAUAAAAUAAGACUGCCCUCCAUGAAACAAGUGAAAGAUCUGAAAGGAGGAGAAGCCAUUCUGACUAUGGAGGAGCUUAAGAGGUCUUACCCCAACAUCCAAGAAUUAGUGGGCUCUUCUAUAUAUGUCAAAGCUUCCGUCAUGACCAGCACAGGAAGUGACCUGGUGGAGGCUGAGAAGUCUGGCAUUAAAAUAGUCAUAGCAUCAUACAUGCUGUCCUUCAAAGGCACCCCAAAAAUUUUUAAACCAGGCCUGCCUUUUGACCUGACACUUAAGGUCAGCCACCACGAUGGCUCUCCGGCUCCAAACGUUCCUGUUAAAAUCAACUUCUUGUCCAGUCCAGUCUCAGUACACAGUGGCACCAUCAAAGUGACCUUUAACAUGCCUGCUUCCUUAAGCACCGAGACAAUAACGGUGGAGACAGAAAUGCCAGGAUUGAAGAGCCAGCAACAGGCAAAGGAGAGUAUGUGGGUGCAUCCAUACGCGCCUUUUAACGUGGGUCGUCAGAACUACCUUUACAUCUCAAGAGAUACUUCUGAAGUGAGGGUGGGGAAGGUCCUGAAUUUGAAACUGCACCUCAGCACGUUCUCCCAGAAGGAACGGAACUUCAUUCAACACGUUUCAUAUGUUAUUGUGAAUAAGGGCAAGAUAAUCCAUGCUGGCAAAGUGCGAGUAGCAGGACAAGAUAUCACUAAUUUUCCUCUGCUGAUCACAUCGGACUUUCAGCCAGCAUUCCGGCUUCUGGCAUACUAUGUGUUGCCCUGGAGCUGGAAGGGGGAGGUGGUGGUGGAGUCCAUGCUGGUGGAGGUGGAGAGCGAUUGUGUGGGAUCACUCACAGUCGGCCCAGUAAAGGGACGAGAGUUGGACACUCACUCGCCGGGCAGCAGCUUUCACUUCCAGGUUAGAGGUGAUCCAGGGGCGAAGGUUAGUCUGGUUGCCGUGGACAACGCUGUUUUCCUGCUGAGCAAGGGCCGACUGACGCAGAGUAAGAUCUGGGAUACGGUGGGCCGGUCUGAUAUGGGCUGCUCUGAAGAUGGAGGGCGCAACAGUAUGCUAAUGUUCCGAGACUCAGGACUGAGCUUUCAGUCCAGCUAUGGAGCUGAUACAUCUAUCUUGCCAGAGUGCUACAUUCAUCCCAGGAAGAAGCGCUCUGCAGCCCGACUGCAACUCCGAGCCCAGCUUGAGAAAAAGUACACCCAAGAUUUAGAGCAACGCUGCUGCAUGGCCGGUAUGAGGGAGAUUCCUAUGCCCUAUUCUUGCCGCCGCCGUUCUUUGUACAUCACAGAGAACUGGAGCUGUGUGAUGGCUUUCCUCGAAUGUUGCUCCCAGUAUUGGGGCCAGGAGCUGGGUGUCAUCACCCCGCCGCCACCCACCACUGCUGAGCCACCUCCAACCACACCCUAUGACGUAUUUUUGGAUCGACACGGAAUAGGAUCUGUCCCAGAUAUAUACAUAUUUCAUGCGGAGAGGGCGUUCUUAAUGCCUAUGAGUCCCAGACUUCCUGGACUUCCUGGACCUCCUGGACCUCCUGGGCCUCCUGGAUUUCCUGGACUUCCUGGACCUCCUGGACCUCCUGAAUCUCCUGUAGGCAGAGGGGGACGCUUUGGGCUCGGUGCUGCUUUGCCCGGUGCUGCUUUGCCUGGUGGUUUUGUGCCCAAGCAUGAUGAAUAUGAUGAUGAUGAUGAUGAUGAUUACGCCUCUGUGGAGGACAUUUACGUUCGCACAAAGUUCUUUGAGUCCUGGCUAUGGACUGAUAUCAAACUCCCAGGAGCGCCUGAGCCGGCUGCAAUGAAUGGAUUGGCUAUUAUGCAGGUGGACUCUGUUCUCCCGGACAGCAUCACUGAAUGGGGGGUUCUGGGUAUCAGCGCCUCACGUGACACAGGUUUUUGUGUAGCGGAGCCUUAUAAUGUCCGAGCGUGGAAGCCUUUCUUCAUCGACCUGCGUCUUCCUCGCACUGCCGCCCGACACGAACAUGUGGAGGUCAAAGCCGUGCUGCACAACUACAUGAACCAGGAUUUACAGGUGCUGGUGAUCCUGGAGAAGACGAGCGACAUGUGCAGUGUGGCGUUUACUGGAGAUCAUAAGCAGCAGGUGUCGGUCCAAGCACGUUCCUCUGUGCUUCUGCGUUAUACCGUCAUCCCUCUCAAAGCGGGAGAGUUCCCCCUGCAGGUCACAGCCACGGCGCGCUCCUUCGCUGGACAGGAUGCCAUCAGGAAGACUCUUCGCGUGGUGGUGGAAGGAAUUCAGAAGAUGGAUGUGAGGAGUUACGUGUUGGACCCUGCUGAUAAAGGAGGCAGCGAUGGGAAGCAGGAGAUUAAUGUGGAGAAAGCUAAACCGCUCUCCGUCGUUCCGAACUCGCUUCCAGAAACAUUUGUCAACGUUAGAGGUGAUUUGCUGGCAGACAGCAUUGAUAACUCCAUCAAUAAGGACUCUCUGGCGGCGCUGAUCCAGAUGCCCGGUGGAUGUGUGGAGCAGAACUUGGCCAGCAUCACACUGCCUCUCAUAGCUGCACACUAUCUGGACCGCAGCAGACAGUGGGAGAGUGUGGGAAUGCACCGCAGAGAGGAGGCUAUUAGCUACAUACAGAAAGGCUACGAGAACCAACUGUUCUAUCGCAAAAAGGAUGACUCGUAUCCACCCUACCGCAAUGAAGGAACCAGCACAUGGAUCACUGCGUUUGUGGUGAAGGUGUUCUCCAUGGCUAAGAAUUUCAUCAGUGUUGAUGAGAAACACAUAUGUGGGCCGUUGAUUUACCUGCUCAAACACAAGCAGCUCAGUUCUGGAGCGUUCAAAGAGGAUAACCCCGUCUACACCACCUCAAUGACGGGUGGUCUUCAAGGUGCAGAAUCCAAAGAGACCCUCACUGCAUUUGUACUGAUUGCCUUGGCUGAAGCUCAGAGUGCUGUCACCUGUAAUGAUCCAUCAGUCGUCCCAGAGACGAGUUUCAGCAGAGCAGGCGAGUAUCUGAAGGAGCGCUUCCCGCGGCUGAGGCGCCCCUACUCCGUGGCGAUAGCGUGCUAUGCUCUAGCCAUGAGCGGCAAGGGCUGCAUGAAGAGCAUGUUGCUGAAGGCUGCCUCACCAGACCGCACUCACUGGCCUGACUCGAGCUCGUUCUACACCUUGGAGGCCACAGGCUAUGCGCUGCUAGCUCUGCUGAAAGGAGGCCACAUGCUGGAGGCCAUUGCCCCCUUCAAGUGGCUGAACGAGCAGCGCAGAGUUGGAGGAGGAUACGGAUCCACACAGUCCACCAUGGUGGUCCUGCAGGCUCUGUCAGAGUAUCUGGUGAAGAGGCCUCCUGAGUCAAGGCUCAAUCUGCUGGUGGAGCUCCAGGUUCCUGGACGCUCAGACACACGCUGGUCCUUCACGCCCAAUCUGGCCCAUGUAGCCCGAUCGUCACGGGUUCCUCUAGACCAGGACUUCACCAUAGUAGCCUCAGGAAAUGGCCAAGGAGUCUUGGAGGUGGUAACAGUGUAUAACGAGUUGCCUGAUGUCUACGAGAAGAGCACCUGUAAUGGCUUUGAGCUGGACGUGUCCAUCAGCGAGAGCAGCGAGAAACCCCCACCAGAUGUAGAAAAAUCAUUUCAUCUCAACAUCAGUGUGAGAGCCCUGGAGCCACAUCAAGUGCGGAUGGCCAUUCUGGACAUCAGUCUGCCCACUGGCUUCGAACCAGAAACCUCUGACCUGGAGCAGCUGACUAACUCAGUGGAUCGCUACAUCAACAACUUCCAGGUGGUGGACAACCUGAGCGACAGAGGGUCUCUCAUCAUACACUUGUUCAAGGUGUCCAACAGAGAGCCAGACAUCAUCACAUUCAGACUUCAGCAGAAGUUUAAAGUCGGGUUGCUACAGCCUUCUACAGUUACUGUGUACCAGUAUUACAACAAAGAUAAACGUUGCAGCAGGUUCUACACUCCUCCAGAGGACAAAGAAGAGCUUGGUCAGAUCUGCAAGGACAACAUUUGCCGCUGUACUCAGGGUGACUGCUGUGUCGUGAAGACAGACGAUCAGUCAUCGGUGAAGGACAGGCAUAGCGCCACAUGCACUGGAAUUCACCAUGUGUUCAAGGUCAGGGUGCUGAGCGUCAGUACCAGCCAGUACGACAGAUAUGAGAUGGAGAUCCUGCAGGUUAUAAAGGAGGGAGAUCCUACAGGUUCUGAGGUUGGCCUGAAGCCGCAGGACACCAGAGUGUUUCUCUCUCAUGCAGGCUGCAGGGCGGGGCUGAACCUGCAGACAGGACAGGACUACCUCAUCAUUGGCCCGACCUCUGACAUAUGGCACGAAGGCAGCACUUCCAGCAGGUCCACAUACAUUCUGGGUAAGAAGACAUGGGUGGAGCGCUGGCCGUCAUCAGCAGAGUGCGUCACUCAGGCUGCCAUGCAGAGAUGUCAGGACCUGGAGACGUUUGCUAAUGAAUUACUGCGAAGUGGCUGCCAGACCUGAGAAGCACCACCUUCACCAUGUACAGAUUACAAACACAUAAACGAAUUCACACACUGUCAACUCAGAACACAAACAACUGUACACAAGCAUGCUUAAAACCUUAAAUACACACCAGAGAUUUUAGCCUUUUUUACUAUUCAGAUAUUAAGUUUGAAACGAAUAAUCCUAACAUGAAAAUAUGUUAUGUUGUCAUAAAUAAAAAAACAAAAGCUCAAA